AUGGAAGACAGCAACGUGUUGUCAGAAAACGAGAUUGCUAUCGUAGUACGCCUGCAGAAAAUAUAUCAACGCGCUCUUCUCAGAGUCAUGGACAGCGUCUAUUCUUUUGGCCGGGUGCCAAAAAAUUGGGAGCAACACUUCAUUCUUUACAAGUUGGUAUAA